AUGUCGGAUCGACGUGCAUCCGGCGAGGACGAGCACUUUCUUCCGUCACACAAGGCCGAUGGGUCGCCUAUCUCUUCGCCCACACAGGCGGCCCAGGCGGAUAAAGAGACUCUCUUCGAGGCCGAUUCUGACGGCCUGAAUGACGAUGUCCUCGCUAUGCCAGAUCCAUCGAUGGUGGCACCGAUCAGCGCAGCGGACGCAGACGGGCAUCACUCCUACCGAGAAGCGGGGAUGGCCUCGCGGACCUCGCUCGACCUGAUCGGGCAGGGCAUGCGGGAAGGGAUGCGGCACAUCAGCCAGGCCCUCCCACCCCAUUGGGACGCCGAACAGCUCCCUGAAUGGCUACGCCGUGGUGCUGGCGUAUUUGAAGGCACCGUCAAUAUGGCGAAUAGCAUCCUGGGGGCCGGUAUUGUCGGCUUGCCCUACUCGAUGCGAGAGUCCGGGUUCGUGGCAGGGCUUGUGUUGUUGCUGGGCAUCGCACUUCUGACCGACUGGACCAUCCGCCUAAUUGUACUCAACGCUAAACUCAGUGGCCGAGGCACGUAUAUUGAUAUCAUGGGCCACUGCUUCGGUCAGUAUGGGCGCAUCGCCGUGUCCGUGUUUCAAUUUGUGUUUGCGUUCGGCGGUAUGUGCGCCUUUUGUGUGGUAGUGGGCGAUACCAUCCCGAAUGUCAUUUCCAGCAUAUUCCCCUUUCUCCGCGAUACCUUUCUGAGCAAUCGCCAAUUUGUCAUUGUGCUGUGUACGAUGGCGAUCAGUUUCCCUCUUUCCUUGUACCGCAACAUUGAGAGCCUAAGCAAGGCCAGUGCGGUGGCUCUUGUUUCUAUGGUCAUUAUUAUUCUCGCCGUCGUAGUGCGUGGUCCUGCGAUGCCAGCGGAGUUGAAGGGCGAUCCAGCGCUGCGAUUUACGAUUAUUCAUCCUAUGAAUGUCACAAGGUCCAUUGCCGUUCUCAGCUUUGCCUUUGUGUGCCAUCACAAUUCUCUGUUGAUCUAUGGCAGUCUGAAAGAGCCAUCCAUGGACAAAUUCCGCCGUGUCACGCACUACUCGACGUUCAUUUCUGCCAUGGCAGCGACGGCCAUGUCCAUUGCGGGGUACUGGUCCUUUGAAGACAAGACCCUCUCCAACAUCCUCAACAACUUCCCGCAGACCGACUUGGUCGUGAACAUUGCGCGGUUCUGCUUUGGACUGAAUAUGUUCACGACCUUGCCGCUUGAGUGCUUUGUGUGCCGAGAGGUCCUGGAAACGUACUUUUUCGAAGGCGAGUACGAACGCAAGCGGCACAUUAUUCUCACGACAAGCCUCGUGGUAUCCUCCAUGAUGGUCUCCCUUCUGACGUGUGAUCUCGGCAUUGUGCUCGAGCUCACAGGGGGGCUCAGUGCUACAGCGCUAGCGUUCUUCUUUCCAAGUGUAUGCUACCUAAAGCUCAGUCACGAUGCGAGUCAAGUGGAUCGAUCUGCUUUGUACUUUGCGAUGCCGACCGAGGAAGCGGACGAGCUUUCCAUGGAAGAAAACCACGAACAAGUGGUAGCCGAAAACAUUUCUCUGCCACUCCGGCCCGGUGCCAAUGCAUCGAUGCGGCAGCCACAGCAGCCGUUCAAGUGGUGGGAGUCGACCAAGCUGCUUAGUAUAGCCUGCGCUAUUUUCGGGGCGUUGGUCUUAACGAUAUCUGUCAUCACCGCCUUGGCCGAUGCAUGGUCCGGCCGAUCAGGGGCGACGCACCAAUGUUAG